UGGGCUGGGGAGCGACUCCUCAGAGCCGGUGCCGCGGGCCCAGAUCCGGGCCGCGCCCACACCUGGAGGGAGGUGGAGACAAGUGUCUGCUGCCCGGUCCAGAACCCCUACCUCCGCGCCCCUCGCCCCCGGCUCCCGCGUCUCACUGGGGUGUCGGGGGCGCCCAGCCCUGGCCCGGCUCCCGGGCGCUGCUCCCCGCAUCUUGGAGUUGGAGACCAAGCCCGUGCAGUCGCAUGGCCCCCAGAAUUCUCGGAGGGUUUCCGUAGAGCGUCUGCGUCAGAAUCACCUGGGAGGUUUUUAAAAAGUGCUCGAGUCUGGCCACUGACUGCCAGCCGACGGGCGGGGCCUGGGAACCUGCAUUUCAAAGAGUCGCCCCUGGUGGUUUCUCCAGGGCGCUGGAUUCUUGGAAGAGCGAACCGAGGAUUUGGCGGGCUGUGCAGGGGAAGCGGGCGCCCUGCGCCUCCCUGUUGGGCUGCCCGCGUGCGCUCGUGCGGGGCGUCCUGCCAGCAGACCCACCACGUCUGUGGCCGUUCCCAAGCCGCACCCCGUAGGAAAGGACAGCGUGUGUCCCCGACCCCCCGGAUUCGAGGUCUGCACCUGCUUUCAAAACCUGGUAACUUUCCUUCCCAGGAGGAUCCUGUUCUGGAGCGUUACUUUAAGGGCCAUAAAGCUGCAAUAACCUCCGUGGAUUUUAGUCCCAACGGCAAACAACUUGUACCUUGCUACUCAUGUCCAGAGGGAAAGGGAGCAUUGAAAAGUAAAGUAGUACUUAAUUCUACUACUGCUUCUUGGGAUACAUUUCUUAUGCUAUGGAAUUUCAGGCCACAAACUAGAGCUUUCAGAUACGUGGGUCACAAGGAUGUUGUAACCAGCGUGCAGUUUUCUCCACUUGGAAACUUACUGGCAUCUGCUUCACGAGACAGAACUGUUAGACUCUGGACUCCUGAUAAGAGAGGAAAAUCCUCUGAAUUUAAAGCUCAUACAGCUCCAGUUCGAAGUGUGGACUUUUCAGCUGAUGGCCAGUUUCUAGCUACAGCUUCUGAAGACAAAUCCAUCAAAAUAUGGAACAUGUAUCGUCAGCGCUUCUUAUAUUCCUUGUACCGACAUACACACUGGGUACGCUGUGCCAAAUUUUCACCUGAUGGAAGACUGAUUGUAUCAUGUAGUGAGGAUAAAACUAUUAAAAUUUGGGAUACCACAAGUAAGCAGUGUGUGAGUAACUUCACAGAUUCUGUAGGGUUUGCAAAUUUUGUGGAUUUUAACCCUAAUGGUACUUGCAUAGCUUCAGCAGGAUCCGAUCAUACUGUGAAAAUCUGGGAUAUAAGAGUGAACAAAUUACUCCAGCAUUAUCAAGUUCACAGCUGUGGAGUUAAUUGUGUAUCAUUCCAUCCUUCGGGUAACUAUCUCAUCACUGCUUCUUCAGAUGCUACACUUAAGAUUCUGGACCUACUAGAAGGAAGGCUCAUAUAUACACUCCAAGGACAUACGGGUCCUGUUUUUACUGUUUCAUUUUCAAAAGGUGGAGAGCUGUUUUCAUCAGGAGGUGCAGAUGCACAGGUUUUAUUAUGGAGGACCAACUUUGAUGAACUGAAUUGCAAAGAUGUUAUUAAAAGAAAUCUCAAAAGAUUACAUCUUGAUUCACCACCACAUCUUUUAGACAUCCAUCCAAGAAUACCACAUUCCCAUGAGGAAAAAAUUGAGACUGUUGAAAUUAAUCCAAAACUGGAGGUAAUGGACCUGCAGACCUCUACGCCCCCUGUUGUGGACGUCCUUUCUUUUGAUUCUACCACAAAGACAACAGAAACUAUUGUUAGAACCCUCCCACACAAGGGUGAAGAGAUGGACAGGUAUUUCUUGAAUCCUUCUCUAAUGCCAUCAGAAUGUUCACCAACAACCUUGAAAAAGAAAGCAGAAGACAUGAGCGAUCUCCCUUCUGAGAGUCAGAGAAGCAUACCACUCGCCGUGACUGAUGCCUUGGAGCAUAUCAUGGAACAGCUCAACGUUCUGACACAGACUGUUUCAAUCUUGGAGCAGCGACUGACUUUGACAGAGGAUAAACUGAAAGACUGCCUUGAAAAUCAGCAAAAGCUUUGCAAUGCCAUCCAACAGAAAAGUUAAAUAGAAGAGUGUGAGCAGAGGCGUGAUGAAUGAGCACAUACGCAUAUACAGAGGAAGGUAGGGCAUGAGGCUCUGUGUAACCAACCACAUGUCAGUUAUCAUAGCAUUUCUUAAAAGGAUGACCAACAGAAUAAAAGGCAGAAAAAAAGCAUAAUUACUGAUGAAUUUAAACACACAAAUCGAUGUCAAGAACUAAUUCAAAUCAUUAUCAUUUAUGAUUGCAGUAAUAAAGUGAUAAACAUUCAAA